UAUCUAACCGGUGAGAAGGCGGCAUGCUAGUUUGUAAAUGUGACGUUCUACAUGUCUUGAUAAUAAACGUGUCAUAAUCUCAGACGUUAGAUGUUGAAUGAUAUAUAUAUAUAUAUAUAAGUUUUUUAACUUGCUAGGGAUAGCCCAGAAAAAAAAACUGUUUUCUUAUUAGGCAACAUUUGUUGUAGACAGUGCACUUGAUGACAACAUGUUACUCUCAUGUAGUAUUUUUCGCAUAUUUUGUAUGUUUUUGCUUCUACGACUUGGAUCUAUGUAUAAAAAGGACUUUUCAGCAUUAUGCUCAACCUGCCGACAGCUAGUAGACGAUUUUGACAAGGGUUUGGAAAAAACAGCAAAGCAAAAUUUUGGGGGUGGAAAUACAGCAUGGGAAGAACGUAAACUAUCCAAAUAUGAGACGAGUGAGAUUAGGUUGACAGAGAUCCUGGAGGGCUUGUGUCAAAGCAGCAAUUUUGAGUGCAGCCACAUGUUGGAAGAAAAUGAGGAACACUUAGAGGCAUGGUGGUUCAAGAGGAAAACCAAACACCCAGAUCUUUUUAAGUGGUUUUGUAUAGAGACCAUCAAAGUGUGCUGCCCUAAAGGCUCAUUUGGUCCCGACUGCAACACUUGCAUUGGAGGAGCUGACAGACCAUGCCACGGGAAUGGUAAAUGCAAUGGAGACGGAACAAGGGCUGGAAAUGGGAAAUGUGGUUGUGAUGAGGGAUAUGAUGGGGAGUUUUGUCUGGACUGCAGUGAUGGAUAUUUUAGUUCACUGAGGAAUGACACAUUCUCCUUGUGUAAAGAGUGUCAUGAGUCUUGUGUUAGCUGUACUGGAGGAACCAAUCAGCAUUGUAAAGAAUGUAGGAACGGUUGGGUUGAAGACCAAGAAGGAUAUUGCAUUGACAUCAAUGAAUGCAUCAAAGAUCCAGCACCAUGCAAUGAUGACCAGUAUUGUCUGAACACAGAUGGUUCUUUCUCCUGUAAAGUAUGCGAUAUCAGAUGCACGGGAUGCAAAGGACAUGGUGCCAGUAGCUGCAUUAACUGUGCUGAUGGCUAUAAAGACGAAGAAGGCACUUGCACAGACAUUGAUGAAUGCACUGAAGACCCAGCUUCAUGCAGUGAUAACCAGCACUGCCUAAACACAGAUGGUUCUUUCUCCUGUGAAGAAGUUCCUGCAUUUAAUUCUGAAGGUGCCAAAACUGGUGACUCACCUGAAAAACAUGAAGACCUCUGAUGUCACAUGGCUUGGAUUGCAGAACACAACCACCAAGACACAAUACUUUUAUCCACCCCAAUCGAUACUGGUCUUCAUCUGAAAUUAACAAAACUGAAAGGCAACUACAGUAAAUCCUUGAGAAAACUGCACUUUUUAACUUGUGGUACACGGAUAGCACAUUUAUGCAGUAAAAGGAUACUGUUAGGUCCACUUUAUCAGAGAGGAGUAUUUAAAUGAUGCAUUCAUUUUUUCCCUAUUUUUUUGUAAUAUUUUUU